GGCCAAACUAGCGCGCAGAGGCAGUUUCGUUUGUUUGUUAACAUGCCUAUCAUUAACGUCAUCCUGGACGGACUAAUCCAAUAAUCGUAUUUUGCUUAAUGUUUCAAAAGAAGUUGAGUUGUCAAAAUAUGGCAAACUGUAUAACACUGGUCGUGUUUAAAUUAUUUUGGAUGCAACUCUCUGAAAUAAUAGGCGCAGAGAGCUUCAAAGGUCAAAGGUCUCAUGUCGAAAGGAGGAGGGGCUUACUACAUAGUUAGCAGGUCAAAUUUGAAAGAUGGCGGACAAGGAGAAAAAGAAGAAGGAGAGUAUAUUCGACCUAUCAAAAUACAUCGAUAAGACCAUCCGAGUGAAGUUUCAGGGAGGACGAGAAGCAAGCGGAGUCCUCAAAGGCUUUGACCCUCUGUUGAACUUGGUGUUGGAUGGCACUAUAGAGUAUAUGCGAGACCCAGACGAUCAGUACAAGCUGACGGAGGACACGCGACAGCUGGGCCUGGUCGUAUGUCGAGGGACGUCAGUGGUGCUCAUCUGCCCGCAGGACGGCAUGGAGGCCAUCCCGAACCCCUUUAUCCAGCAGCAGGAGGGUUAGCGGAUUCACCCCUGCACCCCAAAACGCUCUCAAAGAACUGCUCUUCCCUUUCGUUGUCAGUCACCCUCCUUUUGGCAGGAGUCGCGUGAAUGCGUUUAGUUUCCUUUAAGUUAUUAACUUGCAAGUCUGCUACAUAUUUGGUUCGGGGAAAUGUAAGAAAGCUGAAAAGGUGCUAAAAUAAUACAGAUGGGUUCUUGGAGAAAUGCAUAAAGAUAGAAACAAAGUGAGACAAUGUAUGAUUUGCUCAAGAAAGGUUUUCAUGUAAUGUUAAGUUCACUUUCCAGUAUCGCACAGACUAAGAAAUAGAGCACGAUGACUCUUGUUUAUACCUGUUUGUCCUGUAAUUACAUUUUUUAAAAUUUUUACUUUGGCCCCACCCACCUCCAAAUCAAGUUGCUCUCCCAUUUUAUUUUAAGAGUAUUCUUGGCAUAUUUUGUCAUGUAUCCUGUGGGGAGAGGAACAUUGUAUACUGGAAAUGGUAUAAUAUUAAACCACUUUGUAUUUCUGUGGAGCAGAAAAAAAAACUUUUGGGAAGUGAUUGAUUUUGUGUGGCUUGUACCUGGUCUGAAUGAAUAAUUUAGUCUUCAAAGUGUUAAUUUGUUACAAAAAUCAUAUUGUGGUUUACAUUGUUUUGACAAAAUAAAUUAUUUCCUUUACCUUUGUAA